AAUUUCUUAAUUUUGUCCCUGCCUGUGAUUACUUUUGCCGUUGUUGUUAACAAUUUCUUUCAACAACACUAUCACUCGCUCCCUAUCGGCUUUUCAACAACAACAACCAUCACUCACGAUUUGUGAAUUUAAUAUUUAAUUUAUAUAUAGAAAAUGGGUCUUCUUCCUUUUGAAACCUUUAGCGAGUUUGGAGCCUUGAUCCAACUCAAGUAUUUCCACAAGUUACCAGCCAUUGAUAGAAAUGAUGUAUCCUUGAAGUUUUGUUAUGACAAGUUGAACCAAGUAUCCAGAUCCUUUGCCAUGGUCAUUCAAGAAUUGCCAGACGAACUCAAACAUCCAGUUGCCAUCUUUUAUCUUGUCUUGAGAGGUUUGGACACUGUUGAAGACGAUACUGAAUACUUGAAGGAAAAUCCUGAAGCUAAACAUGAAUUGCUCAGAACCUUCUAUCAAAAGAUUCGUAAUCCUAAUUUCCAUUUGGAAAAUUGUGGUGGUAGUCUCAAUGCUACUGCUCACUAUGCUGAUUUAAUGUUACACUUUGAUCACGUUUGUAAGAUUUUCCUCAGCCUUGACCAAAAGUAUCAAGCUGUUAUUGAAGAUGUCACAAUGAAGAUGGGUUGUGGUAUGGUUGAUUAUUUGGGAAUGACUGGUGUUGAUACUGUCAAGGACUAUGAUGAAUAUUGUCACUAUGUUGCUGGUUUGGUUGGUAUUGGUCUCUCAGAUAUGUUUACUGCCUUUGGUGAAGAUAAACAAGCUCUCUUCAAGGUUGGCCUCAGUGGUUCAUCGGAAGAUCCACUCAAGAAAUCACUUUCCAAUCUCAUGGGUCUCUUCUUACAAAAGGUUAAUAUUAUUCGUGACUAUGCUGAAGAUAUUGAGGAAGGAAGAACUUUCUAUCCAUCAUCUGCUUUCCAACAAUUUGGUCUCACUCAAGUUACCGACUUGAAGGAUCCAAAGAAUUUACCACAAGCUCUUAAAACAUUGAACUACCUCGUCACUGAUGCCCUCUCACAUGCUCCAGAUUGUCUCGAAUACAUGUCAAGCAUUAAGGAUCCAAAAGUUUUCAGUUUCUGUGCCAUCCCACAAGUUAUGGCUAUUGCCACUCUUGUUGAAAUUUAUAAUAAUCCAAACGUUUUUGUGAAGAAUGUAAAGAUUAGAAAGGGUCUCACUGCCAGAAUUUUCAUGGAAACCAAGACUUUGGGAGAUGUACAAAAGUGGUUCUCAAAGUUUGCUGCUGAUUUGAGAGUCAAACUCGAAAAGAAUUUGGACGACCCAUCUGCCCAACAAACUAAACAAGCUUUGGAUAAUAUUCAAAAGAAGGCUGGAGAAAAGACCAUGAAGAAUGGACUCAAGAUUUCCAGCGGUUUUGGACUUGUUUCAGUGGUUAGUGCUUUGGUUUACUAUACAUUAUAUGGACGAUCCCCAUCAACUGUUUCUGCCACUAGAGGUUCAUCAAUUCUUGGUAGACUCUUCGGUUGGACUGGUCUCACUCCAUCAGGCAUAUAAAUUUCUGUAAAUUUU